CAAGUGAGUCUGAACACUUACAGUUAAAAUCAAACAUAUAUAUACAUAUCAUUUCAUUCAUAGGCAUUGCAAUGGAUCAAGUUCAUCUCAGAAUGUUUCUAUCUUCAAUCUCAGUGAUUUCUUUGAUCUGUGCAGCCUCUGGUGCAAUACAAGACAGUGUCGAAAUUUCAUGGGGCGGCGAUCGAGCUCAACUCGGUGAAAAUGGUGAACUACUCACACUUACACUUGAUCAAUCUUCAGGCUCAGGUUUUCAGUCCAAAGAUGAGUAUCUCUUCGCCGAAGUCUCGAUAAGACUCAAGCUUGUAUCAGGGAACUCUGCUGGCACUGUCACUGCAUUUUAUUUGUCAUCGAUUGGAGACGCGCAUAAUGAGAUCGAUUUCGAGUUUCUUGGCAAUGUCAGUGGCAGUCCUUACACUGUCCAUACCAAUGUGUUUGAUCAAGGGAAAGGUAACAGAGAGCAGCAGUUUUAUCUCUGGUUUGAUCCUACUCAAGACUUCCACACAUACACAAUCCUUUGGAAUAAGAAAAACAUUAUAUUCCUCGUCGAUGGCUUAGCAAUCAGAGUGUUCAAGAACAACGAGGCGAAGGGCAUCGGAUACCCGGAUGAUCAGGCAAUGAGGGUCUAUUCUAGUCUGUGGAAUGCCGAAGAUUGGGCAACACAAGGCGGCAGAGUUAAGACUGAUUGGUCGAAAGCCCCGUUUUCCGCCUACUAUAGAGAUUACAAUGCCAGUGCCUGUGUAGCAUCUGCCGGCACUUCUUCUUGUUCUUCUGGUUCAGUUUCAUGGAUGGAUCGCGAGCUCAGUCUUCAUGAAGUGAGCAAAAUGAAAGAGUUGCGGAAAACUUACAUGGUCUAUAAUUACUGUGACGAUAAGAACCGGUUCGGGCAAAACAUGCCUGCAGAAUGCAGGCUUGCUUGAUUAGAUUCAUUAUGUAAUUUUGAUAAACAAGAAAUUAUAUUGUAGUAGUUUCAUGGUCAAUAUAUGUCCAUGAAUAUCAGUAUCUUGAUGUUUCUGUUAUAUAACUCUUUUCAAUAUAUAAGAUC